UUAACAAAGCAGAAAAAAGGUAAAAAAGCAGAUGAAGAAUCAAUAAACCUCAAAUUAAAAAAGCCAACUGAUACAAAUUGUGUUUCUUUCUCUCCUCUCUCUCUCAAUUGCGAACUGAAAGAUUUCCUCUUUUCUUCUUUUCCCCCAAUUCUCGAGUUUCUAAAGGUUUUACUUCUUUCGGUUGGGUUUUCGUACGCCCGUCGAGAAAUGUCCGGCUGAUGAGGCGGAUUCAACGGCGGACUCCACGGCAGCAAACGCCGACACUCUGAAGCGGGAGUUUUAAGAGGAUACUUGCGGAGAUUUUACCCUACAGAGGAGGAGGAAGCGAAGAUCGCGGUGAGACUGACGGAAUUUUCUGGAGUCUUGAUUCUUGAAAGCAAUUGAUGAGGCGAAUAGAAUCAUGAGUUGUCUGACGGAAGUAGAAUCGGAGAAGCCGGAAACUGAUGUUCCUUCGUCUUCUCCGUCGCGGAAGGUGGAAGUGCCGAAAGAGUUUAAGUGUACACUCUCGAAGAAGAUCAUGAUCGAACCUGUGAUCAUAGCUUCUGGGCAGACUUUUGAGAAGAGAUAUAUCACAGAGUGGCUGAGGCAUGAACGUACAUGUCCCAAAAGCAACGCAGUCCUCUCUCACUUACUGUUGAUACCGAACCAUUUGAUCGACGAGUUGAUUACGCAGUGGUGCCUAGUUAACAAUUAUGAGCGGCCAAGAUCAUCCGAAGAAACAGUGACUGAGCUGUUCACUGAUGGAAUAGACGCAUUGCUUCAGCGGAUUUCAUCUCCUUCCUCCGUUUCAGAUCAGACAGAAGCUGCACAAGAGCUGCGCAUCCGGACCAAGAAAUCAGCCAGUGUCCGGGUCUUCCUUGUCGCGGAACUCCCUGAUUCGAUCACCCGGUUGCUCAGUCCGCUCUCUGCUCUGGGCGAGGAGGCGGCUGACUCGAAUCCCGAGCUUCAGGAGUAUCUAAUCACGACAUUGUUCAACAUCUCGAUCGUUGAGAAGAAUAAAAAAGCGAUUGCUGAAAACCCUCACGUGAUCCCACUGCUUACAAAGUCUCUGAAGCAGGGGACAGCUGAGACGCGGAGAAACUCUGCAGCGACUUUGUUGUCACUUUCAGCGAUUGAUUCCAACAAGAUCAUCAUGGGGAACUCAGAAGUACUCAAGGCUCUGAUACAUGUUAUCGAAGAGGGUGAUUUGUUAACCACCACAGAAGCAGCUUCGGUGGUUUUCAACCUCUGUAUGGUGUCGGAGAACAGGAAAAAGGCGGUUUCAGCGGGUUUGAUUCAAGUGUUGAUCAAAAAGAUCAAAGCAGGAAGCAAUGCGGCUGAACUGUUGGCUGUUUUGGCAUUGAACUCUAAACACAACCGUGCGGUUGAAGAAAUGGAUGAUCUAGGGUUUAUCUAUGAUCUGUUCAGUAUCUUGAGAAAACCCAGUUCCCCAGUGACUCAAGAGAAUGCUAUAGUGAUCGUCUUUAACAUGUAUGACAGAAACAGGGACAGGACUCGACUGAAGGUGCUCAGAGAAGAAGAAAACCUAUACGGGACAUUUACGGAGCUUGCAAGGCAAGGAUCAGAUCGUACAGUGAGAAAAGCAGAAGCGAUUUUACAGUGGCUUAAGAGAUACGGUACCGGUAAAUGGCCACUAAGGGGAUGAAUGAGUCGCCAAAACUAGGUCUUGUUGUUACAUAAAUAGCCUAGCAUACUUACUGUUGAUAAUAAUACUAAUCCAAAAUUGACCGAAAGUAGAACAAGUAGCAGAAGGAAAAAGUGUAUUUGUAGUUUCUCAGAGAAUAAAAAGUGUUUAAAGAGGGCCUGAGUUUGAUGAUAUAUAUGAUUCAUAUUCCAGCUGGUGGCACUAUCGUAAAUCAAGGGAUGUAAAAAUGAACGGCGGCUAUUGUGACCGGUCAUAGUCGACUCCAAUUAACCGAAAGCA